UUCUGAUCCGCAUGCGGAAAAAAAAACAAGUUGCAACCUAUUACUGGGGCAGCUGAAGGGACACCACAAGUAAGUCAGAGAUGAAACGUGACCCAAAUGCAGGAAGAAAGGUUUAUUCGUCGUGCACACGAAAGACGCCGGGGUACCGACUGCGGGCGCUCAUGAGGGCAGCAAGUACCACCCCGGGGUGCUCUGCGGGCUGCACCACUCAUGACAAGCGCCGAGCGGCCGGCACCCGCCCGUGCACUUCCCCAGCGCCCCGCAGAGGCCACCGCGGGCCGGCGGCGUCCCCCGGCGCGGCGGAGGCGAUGACGGAGAGCCGGGAGCCGCGUCCCGCUCCUCGGCUGGACGAGGAGCUGCGGACCCUGGGGUGGUAUCACGAUAAUCUUACCCGACACGCAGCAGAAGCCCUGCUUCUUUCCAACGGGCAGGAUGGAAGCUAUCUCUUGAGGAAGAGUAAUGAAAGGGAAGAUUUGUAUUCCCUCUCUGUAAGGGGAAAAGAUUCUGUGAAGCACUUCCAUGUUGAACACACAGGAAGUUCAUUCAAAUUUGGAUUUAACGAAUUUGCUAGCUUGAAGGAAUUAGUCAUGCACUUUGCAAAUCAGCCUUUAAUUGGAAGUGAAACAGGAACCUUAAUUGUGUUGAAGCAUCCCUAUCCAUGCAAAGUGGAAGAACCAUCCAUCUAUGAGUCUGUCCGAGUUCACACAGCAAUGCAGACGGGAAGGACAGAGAGUGAUCUUGUUCCAAGUGCUCCCUCACUUGGUACGAAAGAAGGAUAUUUGAUAAAACAAGGCAAAAUAGUCAAGAACUGGAAGACGAGGUGGUUUACAUUGCAUAGGAACGAACUUAAAUAUUUCAAAGACCAGACAGCCACAGAACCAAUUCGGGCACUCGACUUAACGGAAUGCUCAGCUGUGCAAUUUGACUAUUCCCAAGAAAGAGUCAAUUGUUUCUGCCUGGUGUUCCCACUAAGGACAUACUACCUGUGCGCCAAAACCGGGAUAGAAGCAGACGAGUGGAUCAAAAUCCUGCGAUGGAAACUGUCGCAGAUACGGAGGCAACUGGAGCAGCGUAACUCCGCCCUCACCUCCUAGCUGCACCUCCAGCACUGCGCCCUGGGCAGCAGUCGCCUCUUUGCCAAAGGGAAAAGGCGCCUGGCUACGAGGGGACAGUUUCAAACGAGGGGACAGUUUCAAACGUCUGCCUGACUUGCGGAGGGCCUGUGCGCGUGUGCUUGCUGCACACAGAUGUUUGCACACAGAUUUUACAGCCCAGUGCUUCCAGGCUGUUGAGUCACACGUGGAGACUGCUGCAAAAUCGCAGUGUCGGUUUGGUACGUGCAAUUUACGUCCGUGGUGCACACUUGGUUCAGACACCCGUUAACUAGGCGGUCACUUCAAAACCCUGUGGUGAUUGGGAGCACUCUUGAGAAUUUAUUCCAAGUUCCAUCACUACUAACCCUCAGCAGCAUGGUCUGUAACCUUGAGCCUGCUACUUAAAACCAGGCCUUCUGGAAACAUUAAAGACUUCUUUUGUAUGGCCUGUUUAGGGCCUAAAUCAAAAGAACAGAACUUGUUACAUUUCUGUAAAUAAUACCUAGAUUACAAUCCAAACAAUUAAACCUAAUAUCUCAAGGCCCUUUUCAAGGUGAUGGAUGAGUAACACUUCUGGUCAAAUGUAUUUUUGUACAGUUUAGAUUUAUCCCACAGCAAUGGAACGCCACCUGCAGUUUGGUCCCUUGUGCUGCCCCUCUGAAAAUGGGCUGCAUUUUGUGCGUUUCCCUCAGGCAGAGAACUCAGCACACAGGACAGGAGGUUUUGUCCAGAGCUGUGUUCCAGAAUUAAGAGGUGCUGCUGAAACACCACAAACCUCCUGUGCUGGGCAACACGCUGCGGCAAAGGGCUGGGCAUUGCUCACGCAGCGGGGCGGCAGCGUUCAGCAGCUGCCUGUAAUGUCAGAAACCUGAAGAGGGGGAAAACACACUGGAAGAAAAAAAGAAAAUGCAGCUUUGGGCAUAGGAAUAGUUUUAUUUCAACUUAGAAAUUCAAAGGAUUUGUAAAUAUUUUUAUACAGACUGUUUUCUGAAUAAAACGUCACUAUAAAACUAC